UUGAUCUUUCUAACCACCUGUUCUAUUAGGAACAUCGGGUAAAAUUGGAACAAUUCAAAUCCGAUUUAGCCUUGGAAAUAAUAAAAAAAAUUAGGCAAUGUUUUUAUGGGCUUUGUUUAUCUGAACAGUACUUCGGCCCAAUCGUAGUUAGGAUACAGUAUCAGGUGGGCUCGGCCCAAUUCUCUCCAAAUUUUGUCGGGUCUCGCAUAUGCCCCCUCGCCGGAUCCAACAAGCGAGCCUCGCCGCCGCGCAAUUAAGAGCACAGAAAAUCGUUUCCUCCGACGGAGGGGGAUCUCUUCUUCUUCUAUCAAAAUUCUGUUCUAAUUCUUUCGAUUUCGUCCAGGAAUCUGACGAUUUCAUCAAUGUCGCUUCGAAUGGCCACAAUCUGGCUGCGACGAAUGAUUGCAGCGGCGAUUUCUAAGUUCUAACCCGAGUUGGAGGUGAAAACAGACGAUGCAUGUGGGUUUGGAGGGUUUCGUCGUGAAUGAUGUCGCCGAGUUACCCACCGUCCCUAAUAACGACGGUGACGGAGGGAAAGUGAUGCAGAGACACAUCUCCUUCUCUACCUCCUCCUCCCAGCUACUAUGAAAACCACACGCUAGGUAUUAAUGACUUAAAUCUGAAAUCCCUCCCACUUUUGUUAAGUACUUGAAAAUUGAGAUUUGGGGUUAUCUGAUUAAUGUUUUGAGUUUGAGCGAUGGAAGUUACGAUCUUUUCCUUUUGGGUUCUCUCAUUCGUUUCCCUGUUAUGGAUAGGACACAGGCAUGCCAUUGGAACCUUUAGCUGAAACAGUGGUGGCUCUGGCUAUAGUUACUGUUGCUGGGAGGACACCAAUAGUUUUGUUUACUUGUUCUAAUCAAUUAACAACACAAAAUCAAAUGAUACAUUUUCACUGUUGGCAGCUUCCAGAUUAUCAGAACCUAUAAAGUUAGCAGCUUUAGGCACAGUACAAGGGAUUUCCUUUCACUCCAACUACAGAGCGUUUUGAUUUCCUUUCAUCACUACAAACUACAAACUGUUGUUGUGGUCUCUGUAACAGGCAACACACAGGAGCUGAAUUCCUUCUUCUCAGGCCGCCUUGACCCUUAAACACGUUCUCCCUUACAUUUAAACAGGUACCUGCUGCAUAUCUGCGCUUUCAAGUUGUUCUCUUGCUCACUUUUGUAACUACACCAAAAGUCCCAAUCCCUGGCUGGUGAACUUCUACUUUCCCUUUUGCAUUACUAGGAUAAGCUUCUGCAUUCCUCAUGUUUGUAUCUGGGACUGGUGUUUCUGUUCAUGUUGUCUACUUUGAGCACUAGCACUGCCAUACCUUCCAAUCAUAUUCAUAUGGUUUUGAUCAAUGUGAUGAGCUAUUUCCUUUUAGGAUUCCCAGUGGAAAGAAUAAUCACGAUAGUUGUGAGCAAUUCUCAGGUUGUCUUUGGCCAUGAAAGUUCAUUGCCCACCUAUGAAUUCAGAAACAAACUGAAUUUGUGCAAAAGUAGGUUGAAGGUAACCGGCCCUGAGCUAGAGAUUGGCAGAUAAAUGAGAGAAUCACUAUUGGAACCGUGGUCUCUUGCAAUAAAACGGCCCUACGUGC